AUGAACGCCAUCCAGGUGAUUUCCCUCACUCUGCUGUCCGUUCUGGCAGCCAACGCUCAGGUCAUCAUGCCAGGAAGAUGCCCCAAGCCUGCUGUUCAGGAGAACUUUGAUGCUGCUAAGUAUCUUGGUAAGUGGUAUGAUAUCCAGAGACUGCCAAAUGCCUUCCAGAAGGGCGAGUGCUGCACUGCCACCUACAGCCUGAUGAGCCCCGGGGUUGUUGGAGUCCUCAACAGCGAGCUGCUUUCUGAUGGGACCGUCAGCUCCAUCAGUGGCUCUGCCACGGCUAAAAACCCCUCUGAGCCCGCCAAGCUGCAGGUCUCCUUCUUUGAGAACGCUCCCCAUGCCCCUUACUGGGUGCUGUCCACCGACUACGACAACUACGCUCUGAUCUACAGCUGCACUGACCUCGGGGUGCUGCAUCUGGACUUUGCCUGGAUCUUGAGCAGGCAGCCCACCCUGCCCGAGGAGACCCUGGAGGAGCUGCACAGCACCCUGUCCUCCAUCGGAGUGAGUGUGGAGAAGCUGCUCACCACAGACCAGGAUGAGACUCUCUGCAGCGCCAUGGACCAGUAA